UGGCCGGCAAGCUAGUUGAAACAUCGCAACCAACCGUCUUCCUCUUUGGCCCCCCCACUAUAUGUGACCUCUCGGCCUUUGGGCUCAUCUGCUUCCAGCUUUUCAAGCGAUGCUCGCUCUUUCCUGAAUUUAUCGCGCAUGGUUCGGGCAUCUCACUGGCACCACCCCUCCCUGACACACCGCCCCUCUUUCGAUCAGGUCCUCCUCUUUAAAUACUCGCCUGGCCCUCUAGACCGAACCAUUUCCGAUACCUACCAUGUUCCCUUAAUAGCCUAACUUCCUGUUCUGUCCUUCUUGCCUACCCUGCCUCAUCUCCUGUCCAAUUCUUGACCAUCUUUUCCCUUAUGGCGGCUGCAGAGAAUGCGAUAGCACUAAAGAAUGAGAUGUCGAUGGAACUCCCUUCACUCCCGCCCAACCAGGGCUUCGAAGCUUUCAAGGAUAUUCUGUUCGGAUCUACUGCGGGAAUGGUAGGGAAGGUAAUCGAAUACCCUUUUGAUACCGUCAAAGUACGACUCCAGUCCCAGCCGGAUCAUCUUCCUCUAAAAUACACCGGCCCCCUGGAUUGCUUCCGCCAGUCGUUCCAAGCCGAUGGUGUGCGUGGGCUCUACCGCGGGAUCAGCGCCCCUAUGGUCGGGGCGGCUGUAGAAAACAGCUGCUUGUUCUUCAGCUACCGCCUCGUCCAGGAUAUACUUCGCGCCACGUUUUACGCCCCGGCAGAUGCGCUACCCUUCCCAGCGUUGGUUCUCUGCGGUGCUGCGUCUGGUUCAAUAACCUCGCUUGCACUUACCCCGGUGGAGCUGAUCAAAUGUAAGAUGCAAGUACCUCUGGCAGGCCCCGGCGCCAAAGCGCCGGGGCCUCUAGCUCUCAUUGUAUCUGUGUUCCGCCGCGAUGGUAUCAUGGGCUUCUGGCGUGGACAAUUAGGCACAUUCAUUCGCGAAACCGGUGGUGGCGCCGCUUGGUUCGGUAGCUACGAAGGAGUUAUGGCGCUCUUCCGCUCAUCCCGCGCAGCCUCUCAGCGGGCCGAUGAUGCGGCACUUGAGUCCGAUCGCGUCCCCAUACCUCAGCAGAUGCUUGCCGGUGCAGCAGCUGGUGUCAGUUACAAUUUCCUGUUCUAUCCUGCUGAUACGAUCAAGUCACGCAUGCAAACCGAGGAUAUCACACGCUUGGCGCACAACGGUGAAAGACAAACAUUCUGGGGGGUUGCCCGAGCCUUGUGGACACAACAGGGAGUGAAGGGAUUAUAUCGAGGCUGCGGUAUCACUUGCGCCCGGUCUGCUCCCAGCUCGGCCUUUAUUUUUACGAUAUAUGAAGGUUUACGAAGCCAUUUUGGUUGAGCGUGUCGUCACUCUAUAAUCUCCUUGUCCUACCAUUUUUCUUCCAAGUUAUUCUUGCGAUUUCUUGAGCUUUUCUGGCAUUGUUGUAUGAUACCUCUAUUCAUGUUCUAGAUCUGGACCUCUUCUUUUUUUUAUGUUAUCUUCGAUUCCUUUCUUCACUUCUUGCUUUCUUCACUCUAAUUUUUCCCUUGUCUCGUUCUCUUAGAAUCCCCCCCUCCUUUUUUUUCGUCAAAGAAAACUCAAUCUAGCAUUGAUAGAGGAAGGUGAGGAAGAAAAUGAAGAAGAAGAAGAAGAAAGUUUGUUAGAACUAUUAUUCCUGGG